GAGACAAUCACCAAUGAGAGCUUGGGGAGCGGUAUUUGAAUAGCGUAGAGGGCAUUCUCCAAUUUACGGUGUCGAGGAGGUCUGCAUUGUUUCUCCUGGUUCUUUUGCGUUUGUUUAAAGACCAAACUACAUAAUCACAAUGGAAGUGCGCCCUGCUAGAAACAAUGUGAGGAACAUCACCACUAGAACAAAAGGCAUGGCAGGAGCAGGACUAGCACACAGGGCUGUGUUGGGAGAGCUCUCCAACGUUCCCAUCACGGCCAGGACAGGACCUGCGCCAGGCAAGAAAGUGGCCACUAAACCUCUGCCAUCAGUUCAGCCAGUUGCUCCACAGCCCGAACGGGCUCCAGCGCUUCCAAAGCUUCCAGUCCCGGUAGAUACGGUUGCGAUCUAUCAUGAUGUAUCUAUGAAGGAGGAGGAGGAGGAGCUGUGUCAGGCUUUCUCCGAAGCUCUUAUUGAGGACAUUGAUGAAGGCGAUGCAGACCAGCCACAGCUUUGCUCAGAAUACGUGAAGGACAUAUAUGCUUAUUUGCGGAGUCUCGAGGAGCAACAGACCAUUCGGGCAAAGUACAUGACUGGCUAUGAGAUUAAUGAACGCAUGCGUGCCCUGCUGAUCGACUGGCUUAUUCAAGUGCACUCAAGGUUCCAGCUGCUCCCCGAGACCUUGUACAUGACUGUUGCCAUCCUCGAUCGCUUUCUGCAGGUACAGCCAGUUUCCCGCCGGAAGCUGCAGUUGGUGGGUGUGACCUCCAUGCUGCUGGCAUCCAAGUACGAGGAGAUGUUUGCCCCAGAGGUGGGAGACUUCGCCUACAUCACGGACAAUGCCUUCAGCCGCGCACAGAUCCGCGAGAUGGAGAUGCUCAUCCUCCGGGGUCUCAACUUUGAGCUGGGGCGUCCACUGCCUCUCCACUUCCUCAGGAGGGCAUCUAAGGCUGGGAAUGCUGACAUCGGGAAGCACACCCUGGCCAAGUACCUGUUGGAGCUGACCCUGACUGACUUUGACAUGGUGCACUACCGGCCGUCAGAACUGGCAGCUGCUGCCUCCUGCCUCUCCCAGCUUGUGCUAGAAGGACAGAAAUGGACUGCCACGCAGCAGCACUACAGUACGUAUGACGAGGCCCACCUCAAGCCCAUCAUGCAGCACAUGGCCAAGAACGUGGUCAAGGUGAACGAGGGCCUCACCAAACAUGUGGCUGUGAAGAACAAGUACGCCAGCCACAAGCUUAUGAGCAUCAGUCAACUAGAGCAGCUGAAGUCUUCAGUCAUCAAGGACCUGGCGGCUUCUCUGUUGGCCAACUGAGAACCCAGAUGGAUUUUUUUUUUUUACCUCCAACUGCACUUUAUUCUGUCCAUUUCAACCUACCAGCUACCUGAUUGGGCAGGCGUUGCUGCUGCUUUUUAAAAGGUGUAAAUAUUUUUAAUAGACUGUACAAAUAAAUCAUUUCUUUGGAUUAUAUUGAAACUAUGUUUUUAACUUUUUACCUUUACUUUUUAUUGGUUUGAGUCUUAACGAGCUUAUUCAAUCAAUAUGUAUAGAUGUCAUUGUUUUCAGUAAAAUGGGAGUGGAAAAGUCAAAAGUUUGUCUUUUUUGGCUUUGGCUAUGGUAUUGCAUAAGACAUGGACCUGGAUUUACCAAUGACUGUACAGUAACAUCUCUCUAUAUCCAGUGUGUUCUUUUUGUAGAUUUCCAUGAUUCUUGUGGCAUUGUGUGUUGUCCUCCACUGUCUCCUCAGGGAAGGGCUUUUUGAGUGAAGGCUGUUCAGCUUUAUACCAUGCUAGACCUUCAGCUUGGCCUGAAAAGUUGGUGCUAGGAAUGUUUGACUUUUGCCAAGUUGUAUUAUGUGAAGUACCAGAAUAAAAUUAUUUCUUCUUGGUAA